CUCAACCUCUCAACCUCAACUGCUGCAUGCCGCCUAUACAUACUACGCACGCAGUCGCGCCCGGCCCUGCACUGCACUGCACGGGCGCGGCGGGAGAUCGAGAGGAGACUUUGCUCGCUUUUGGUGGGCAUCCGCGCGGAGCGUGACCACAGACGGUGUAGAGACUAGAUAGAUCGGAAGGGGAUCUAGGCAUAGAGAGCGAGGAGGAUGACCGGCGUUGUUGCAGGCGCCGGAGGGGGCAACAAGGCGGCGGGCGCCACGCUGCGGCUGCACCACUACCUUGUGAUGGCCGGGGUGGCGGCGGCGUUCGUCCUCGCCUGCCUCCGGUACGCGCCGGACCCCGCGGGGUACGGCUUCCUGGCCGUGGCGCCGCGGCCGGUGGAGGCCGAUGCUGGUGCCCGGCGGGACACCACUCCUCCACCGCGCCCGUCGUCGUCGUCGUCGUCGGUGGUCAUCUUCAACUUCGGUGACUCCAACUCCGACACGGGCGGCAUGGCGGCGGUCAACGGGAUGAACAUUAACCUGCCCGAGGGACGCACCUUCUUCCGCCGCCCCACCGGAAGGCUCUCCGAUGGCCGCCUCGUCAUCGACUUCAUCUGUGAGAGCCUGCACACGCCUUUCCUGAGCCCAUACCUCAAGGCGCUGGGCGCGGAUUUCAGCAACGGCGUGAACUUCGCCAUCGGCGGCUCGACGGCGACGCCGGGGGGCUCUCCAUUCUCGCUGGACGUGCAGCUCCAUCAGUGGCUCUACUUCAGGGCCAGGUCCAUGGAGAUGAUCAACCUAGGACAGAGGCCUCCCAUCGAUCGCGAAGGAUUCCGAAAGGCCAUCUACACCAUCGACAUCGGGCAGAACGACGUGUCUGCUUACAUGCACCUGCCCUACGACCAAGUGCUUGCCAAGAUCCCUGGAUUUGUUGCUCAGAUCAAGUACACCAUCGAGACGCUGUACUCGCACGGGGCCCGCAAGUUCUGGAUCCACGGCACGGGCGCGCUGGGCUGCCUGCCGCAGAAGCUGGCCAUCCCGCGGGACGCCGACGACGGCGACCAGCUGGACGCCCACGGCUGCCUCAAGACCUACAACAACGCCGCCAAGCGCUUCAACGCGCUGCUCGGCGACGCCUGCGCCCAGCUCCGGCGCCGGAUGGUGGACGCGGCGCUCGUCUUCGUCGACAUGUACGCCGUCAAGUACGACCUGGUGGCCAACCACACGACGCACGGGAUCGAGAAACCUCUCAUGGCGUGCUGCGGCUACGGCGGGCCGCCGUACAACUACAACCACUUCAAGGCGUGCAUGUCGGCGGAGAUGCAGCUGUGCGACGUGGGCACGCGCUUCAUCAGCUGGGACGGCGUGCACUUCACGGAGGCCGCCAACGCCAUCGUCGCCGCCAAGGUGCUCACCGGCGACUACUCCACGCCCAGGGUCACCAUCGCCAAACUCGUCAACUCCACGCUGCCCAACGACGACUAGCUGGCUGGCCGAUCGAUCGAUCGAUCGUCGUCGUCGUCAUUCUGAUAAACAUACUGCAGGCUGCAGGCUUCAUCGAUCCAUAUCCAAUUGUCCGUAGAAAUCUACGACUAGCUCAUUGUAGAUCUGUAAUGUGGGCUAAGAGAUGCAUGACGAUCGACUAUAGCUGCCCAACUCGUCAAGAGCUGGUUCACCGCCCUCGUCAUGAUCGAGCUAGUUUGGACGAGCAAAUUCCAUGGCACCGAGUGACACAAUUGAUAUCCUCAUUGACUAAUACUAGUAGUCGUACUAGC